AUGCCACCACAGAUCCGGGGCUUCGGCGCUGGUCCUGGCGUUGGUGGGCCUUUCCACCAACCCGGAUUCCCUUCUCAUGGACAGCCUCAAGGCGGCCCGAUGGGUGGUAACCAAUACCUGAAUGCCAAUGCUCAGAUAAGCUCUUUUGCAGGAGCCAACGGCAACGCCUUUGCAGGUCUCAAUGGGUCAGGAUUUGCUGACUCCGGCUUCGGCAGCCAGAGCGCUAGAAUGGGCUUUGCGCAUGGUCCCGCUGCCGGAUUGCAACAACCUCAACAUGGGGGGCAGUUGCAGCACGGUGUAUUGAUGGAGCAUCCGACAAUGAGAGCCCAAACUAAUAAGGGAAGAAUACGAGAGGUCUGGAAACAUAAUCUAGAGGAAGAAAUGGCGGUAUUGAGAGAUAUUGUGGACAAGUAUCCGUACAUUGCCAUGGAUACGGAAUUUCCCGGAGUUGUUGCCAGACCUAUGGGCUCAUUCAGAGGCAAAAGUGACUACCACUAUCAAUGUCUACGGACAAACGUCGACAUGCUCAAAGUUAUCCAAAUUGGACUGACUCUGUUCAAUGAGGAUGGUGAGACCCCACCGGCAAGGCCCGGACCGGACCUGGGACUUGGACCAAAAGCAAUGAAGGCGGCCAGCCAGGGGCCUUUCCCGUACUCGUGGCAAUUCAACUUCAAGUUCUCCCUCAAGGACGACAUGUAUAAUGAAAAGUCUAUCGAGUCGCUACAACAGGCUGGCAUUGACUUUAGUCUUCUUGAACGAGAUGGCAUCGAUCCCAAGGCAUUUGCGGCACUUCUCAUUCCUUCGGGAUUAGUAUGCUUUGACGAAGCUAGAUGGAUCUCUUUCCAUGGAGGGUACGAUUUUGGGUAUCUCACAAAGCUGCUAAUCUGUACACCGCUGCCCAACGACGAGGCCCAGUUUGACAGCAAGAUGAAGCUGUAUUUCCCGACGACGUACGAUGUCAAGCACCUCAUGAAGUAUGCCAUACGUCUACACACCCAAGGAUUCCUCACGCCUAAUGACCCAGCUGUAAUUGACAUCUUGAACAAAUUCGAGCACAAGUCUGGCCUUGAGAAUAUUGCCGAGACCUUCAAAGUCAAACGAAUUGGGUCAGCGCAUCAGGCUGGGUCAGAUUCUCUUCUUACUGGGAAAGUAUUCUUCCAGAUGCGAGAUAGGAUCUUCAAUGGAUCAAUUCCUGAAGACCACAUUGGUAGAGUCUGGGGUCUGGGGGUUCCCGAAGGUCCAAUGGCCCCUAUGAUGCAGCAGGGUGGCAACGAUCAUGGCCAGAAUGGCGGCACCCCAAGCACGCCCAACCAAGUACCCGCUAGCCUCAUCAGCAGUCCUGCAGCUGCACAGAAUCACAACUCCAAUGGGGGUAUGGCACACAUGGGUCCUAUGACUCCCGGGGGAGGUGGCGGCGUCUUUGGAAGCUUUGCCUUUGCCGGCAACAGCAGAUAG